UGACCUCUUGUCCUAUCUGCCAUACUAAAGGUAAACAUGUUCUUUAUUAUUUCUUUUUUCCAAUUUGGUCAACAGGAGCUCUCCAGACAGCUUUUCUUGGAGACUGUGGAACUUCAGAAUCAGAGAGAAAGACUUGAAUGGGCAAGAACGUUCCAGGGACGAUUUUUCAACUUUAUGGGUUACUUUUUUUCUAUGUACUGUUCGUGGAAAAUUUUUAUAUCUCUGGUGAACAUUGUGUUUGACCGAGUGGGAAGGAAAGAUCCAGUUACUAAAGGCAUGGAGAUUGCUGUCCACUGGUUGGGUUUUGACAUUGAUGUGCAGUUCUGGUCCCAGCAUAUUUCCUUCUUCCUUGUGGGCUGUAUUAUUCUCACAUCAAUCAGGGGAUUCAUCCUAACACUCACCAGAUUCUUCUAUGCAGUAUCCAGCAGCAAAUCUUCUAAUAUCAUUGUGUUAGUGUUGGCACAGUUAAUGGGAAUGUACUUCAUCUCUAUGGUCAUGCUUAUGAGGAUGAACAUGCCGCUUGAAUAUCGGACAAUUAUCACACAGGUGUUGGGAGAUCUUCAGUUCCAUUUCUACCAUCGGUGGUUUGAUGUUAUAUUCCUUGUAUCUGCACUGACUACCAUGGGUAUUCUCUACUUGGCACACAAGCAAGUUAUUACCAGUGAUAAGACCGAGAGCUUUUAUGAACCUAAGUGGUGACCUAAGUUCUUAUUUACUUGUUGAAUAUUUAUAUUAGAUGUUUAGUUUUUAAUAAAAACUGUACAUGUGAUAAAGCUGAAGGAGGAACUUCUUUAAAAAUGAAUGAUUCUCAUAUGAGGAUGUGAAGGUUUCUACAAUGAACAUUUUUAUAUACAGCAUGAUGAAAUAACCCAUCACCACUUUCCAAUGUGUUUUCAGUUCUAAGAGACCUUCUGAAAUGACAAAGCCUCAUAUAAUUAAAAAAAAAUUAGAAUCACUUCAUUCUCAUGCCUUGAGUCUGGAUUGCUAAGUUUUCAAUCACUGUUUAUUGUGGUUAUGUAUCUCCAUUCUUGUGUAGUCUUAAGUUAUUCAUUUAUUUACCAAUUUCUAUAUGAUCCUAAAUAAUUGUGUUAAAUGCACUGAUUAACAACCAUAUUUCUUUUAAAAACAGACUUAAGAUAAAUUCUGCAAAAUUUCAGUUGUGUAAAAUUGUAAAUGGAGCUAACUAUAAAAUUUCAGUUGUUAAAUGUAAGAACUAAAUCCAGUACCCAAUAACUGCACUAUUUUCACUAUAUCUGAUCAGUAAAUCCAAUGUGGUACAUGGCUAUAAAAUAUAUCAGGUUUAUUGCAGCUGAUUUGGAACCACUUUGUAGCACAUGACCUUUAGAUAUAAACUGAUGCAGAAACCCUGUCAUAAGAGAAUACUUACCCGGUACAUGUAUGUGGCUAUUGAGAGUCAGUUGUUUUUUAAACUACCAUACUGUACUACCCUCCCAUUGAUGUCACUUCAUUCCCCAUAUUCUAUACUGAUUAUAUUCAUGCAUUGCAAACAUUGCCGUUGUUUCAUUUCUCUUGCUUUCAAAGUACAAGUAGGUGGUAGUUUGUCCACUAACAUAAAUUGAAUAAACAUGUAAACUUCUGUAAUAAAUAUUUUAUUAUAAGAUAUAUUUUACUUCAGGCUCAAAAAAUGUCAAUCAUGCAUUUACCUAUUUGUUUCUAUAUUGAAGACUUCCUGUAUUUUUCACAUGCAAAGAUCAUGAAUUCAUGUUGGAGUUCUCAUUCCACCAGCAUUUUAUAUACAAUACAAUAUUAAAACAAUUUAAAAAAUCAUCCAAAAUUUAUUAUAAAUGCCUGCAUAUAUGAGUGUGUGGUCACACAUUCUUAGAUAUUUAUAUGAUACAGUAUAUGGAUCAAAAUCAGUGUUGAGAUGUGAUCCUGUAAUUCUGAAAUUAUGCAGUAAAUAUUUAUCUAGCGUUAAAA